GAGGAGGCAUAUUCCAGCCGGCAAGCGGCACCCUCACGAACUUCUUGUUUGGCUGGCCCCGGAAGCCAACGGCCUGCGUCCUCGGCGGUCACCGUAGGCCACCGUUACCCCUCGUGCGAGACCCACUGCGGACUCUACACCGACCAGGCCGGGGCGCGGGGGUUCGUCAGAAAUCAGGGCUCUUUUGUCGCUCACAAGAGGCUGGAAAUCGUGGUCAUGGGAAGAGAUUGA